AUGUCACCUGAUACUGCUCAGGACAUUGAGGAAGAAAGGUCUGAGGAAGAAGAUGACACAUUGGUCAAUCUUGUGAAAACAAGUAUAGCCAAUAGAAUGAGAAAGAGGAGGAGUAUGGCAGAGAUAAGGACAGGGCUAGUCAAAGAAUUCAUUGUAAACAUUCCUGAUGAGAGUUAUGGAAAAAGCAUCAGGGAGGUCUGCAAAGUGGUUGUUAGGGGUAAGUGUGUGAAUCUUUCACCAACCAUCAUCAACAGGUUCCUGGAAAGAGGAACUGAUGAAGGGGUAGAUCUAGAGGCCACAGAUAAUGAGAUCUGUAGGAUGAUUACAGCUGGCCAAGUUAAUGAAUGGCCCAGUAGGAAACACCUUGCAACUAGUAAACUAACUGUCAAGUAUGCCUUCUUGCAUAAGAUUGGUUCUGCAAAUUGGGUUCCUACUAAUCACAUAUCCACCAUCUCCAUUGCUCUUGGGAGGAUCAUUCAUGCUAUUGGAACAAGGGUUAACUAUGACUUUGGCAGGUUCAUAUUUGAACAAACCAUUAGACAUGCUUCCACCAAUGCUGUAAAGCUGCCCAUUGCUUUUCCAUCUAUCAUCUGUGGGAUCAUCCUGAGUCAACAACCAGGAAUCCUGAGGACAAGUGAUAUCCCUAGCAGGAGGAAAAUCCCUUUGUCCAUCCAUUACAAGCUGUUUAAGGGAAGUCAUGUCAAUGAUGUCAUGACAUCUGCCAGAAGGGAGUCUUCACCCAAAGGAAGUCUGAUUGACCAACUGAAAGAGAUCUGCAAGGAAUUGGACAAUGGAAUAAAGGUGGCAAAAGCUAGAAAAGAGGCUUUAAAAGUUCUCAUCUGUAGCCUGGAAAGGGAAGAAAGAUAA